AUGGCUUCUGCGACUCUUCCUGGGAUGCGCUCACCUAUGACGCCUCGCUCAAAUGCACCUUCUCCACGUCCUAAAUUUGACUCCGAUUUAUUGAAAGCCUAUGUCAAGAAGUUGCUCUCGACGACUCUUCAGGGUGCUUCUUGGCCAGAGGCGCGAGAUCGAGACCGAGUACGGGCUUGGAUGAAGGAAAUUGGUGAACGAGUAAAGGAACGGAUGAUAGAAAUUGAGCCCCGAGGCUUUAAAUAUAUCGUCCUAACACAGAUCAACGAGAACUUGGGGCAAGGCGGACGAGCAGACAUGAUAUGUCAUUGGGAGGAUUCGGACACCGUUGUGCAAGAAGUACUCGUAAAUGACUCUCUUAUCUGCAUCUGUAUCGCAUUCGCCGUGCGGACUGUAUGA